AUGGACAACCCGCUUCUGCUGCCUAAGAUGCUUCUGCUGCCUAAGAUCCUCCUUUACAUCACCCCCUACCUGGCUCAUCGGGACGUCGUCGUCUGCCUCAAGUGCACCUGCCUCAAGACCCUGGUUGUCCAUGGAGACAUCUUUUCCAAGCAACAGGAUACUAUCUGGGACCGAGCUCACCAGCCUUCCAAGAACACCCAAAUUAACUGCAGCCACUUGCCAGUAAUGGUUCCUUUCCCUGGAAAAGCAAACGCGAUGAUCCAGCUCCAGCAACGCCGCGACCGCCGCCACAUUUUCUACCGCCUCCUGAAGUACUACCAGAGGAAAGGAAAGGUACCGCAAGAUGAUAGCGACUACCACGAGUGCGGUUUGAGAGCGGCGUGGAAAGGCAUUCAAGACUUAGGCUAG